AUGCAGGAGGAGAUGGGUCUCAUUAAGGGUUUCUUGGAGAGGACAGGGAGGUGGGGUGUAGUCAUAUAUGACAAAGAUAAGCUACUUGCUGGAGGCGAUGAGAUCACCAUUCAUGCCAGCCAGAAUAGCUUACUGCAUCUGGUAACGAUUCUGAAGAAGAUCAAGACGAUAUAUCUGGGAUGGAUACAGAUGAACAUCACUAUUUUGAAGAACAUGGUAUCAAAGAAGGACUUUCCUACUUAUUUGACCAUCACAUGCCUAUUGGAGGAAUCCAAUGCAGAAGCCAAACAGUGCAUCAGAUUCAUAAUGGCAUACACAUGGUCGUCGUUUAUGAAGAUGCAGGAAGGAAUUGUUGAGGUGUGUCGAUGGUUCAAACCACUUGUCGACCAUUUCAGGAUGCUGCAUAUGAAGUUGCACCAGAUGGAUGACUAUUCCUCUGUAAUGUUUGACAACAUCAUCAAGGACUCUCGCUUCCCUCCUCAUAGUGGUAUUGCCAACAGGGAGAUCGUGAAGAUAAUUUGGAAUAAUAGGCGAACAUUGAUGCUGCGGUUGAUGAAUUGUGUCACAGAAGACAGGUGCUCAUGCUCACCAAGACCUAAGGAUGAGAAGUCAUUUGAAGCAGCUUAUAAUGCCCUACCAGAAGCAUCAGACUACUCCAUGUUCCUGACUCUCCAGACAUCACUUUCAACUAGUAACAGUACUUUCAAGAAGAAAAAAGCAAAAUUGGACAUGAUGGAACAGAUAGACAAGGUGAAAGAUAAGAUCCAGAGUAUGUACUCUGAUGCCAUGUUCCUCCAUGACAGCAAUCACAAAUGCUUCUUUGCAAAGCUCAAUACAAAGAGGGAACAUAGUCAGGACAUGAAGAAAUACAAGUGGCUUUUGUGA